UCUUGCCUGUCCUUCUCACUCACACCCUCCAUGCUUGCAGUUCUUUUCUUUCAAACUCUUGCACUUUUCUUUCUAAGUACACACUUCUCUCCAGUCUCUCAGCGUAGAGGAUCUUCGUCACAGGAAGGGUUGGACUGAAUCCCUUUAUUUUGAUUUACUGCCCACAGCGGAGUGUUUCUUGUCAAACGUUCAUCUGUGUCUGGUGUGUCCGGUGUGGCGCCCCCUCCAGGCAUGACUCAGAGUAACGGGGAGACGCGUCUGCAGCGCAGCAGAGUACAGCAGCUGCGGGACGGCAUCAAUGAGCGCUCGCUGCGGGCCCGCAACACCGUGCAGAACAUCACCACGAAUGACGUCAAAGGCUUCUUCAUGCGGAAUGCCUUCGUCAUCCUCACAGUCGUGGCCGUCAUCAUUGGUACAAUUCUGGGAUUUGGAAUGCGGCCGUAUAAAAUGACAUAUAGAGAGGUGAAGUACUUCUCCUUUCCCGGAGAGCUGCUGAUGAGAAUGCUGCAGAUGCUGGUGCUCCCUCUGCUGGUGUCCAGUUUAAUUACAGGUAUGGCCGCUCUGGACAGCCGAGCGUCAGGGAAGAUGGGUAUGAGAGCUGUAGUUUACUACACCACCACCACUAUCAUCGCAGUAUUCAUCGGGAUCGUCAUGGUACUCAUCAUCCACCCAGGAAAAGGCUCCAGAGACGAAUUCACCAAACACGAGAAAAUAGAACAAGUCAGUCCAGCAGACGCCUUCCUCGAUCUAAUCAGAAACAUGUUUCCUCCUAAUUUAGUGCAAGCUUGUACACAACAGUUUAAAACAAAAAAUGGCAAGCGAGUGGUCACAGUUAAAAUUCUGAUGAACGACAGUUUGAAUAACGGGUCGGAGGAAGUCAAACGUGAAGACGUGAUACCAGUGCUGGGAACGGUUAAUGGAAUCAAUGCACUCGGACUGGUGGUCUUCUCCAUGUGCUUUGGCCUCAUCAUUGGGAGCAUGAAGGAGCAGGGUAAACCUCUGCGGGAUUUCUUUGACUGUCUGAAUGAGGCCAUCAUGAGGCUGGUUGCAAUUAUCAUGUGGUACGCGCCACUGGGCAUAUUGUUCCUGAUUGCUGGAAAGAUAGUUGAGAUGGAUGAUAUAUCAGAAAUGGGAGGCCAGUUGGGAAUGUACACCAUGACAGUCAUCAUCGGCCUAUCGAUACAUGCAUUCAUUGUACUGCCCUUGCUCUACUUCCUUGUGACACGUAAAAAUCCAUUUGUGUUCAUCGCUGGACUUCUGCAAGCCCUCGUCACUGCUCUUGGUACCUCUUCCAGCUCUGCCACUCUGCCCAUCACCUUUAAGUGUCUAGAGGAAAAUAACCAUGUGGAUAAACGUAUAACCCGUUUUGUGCUGCCCGUGGGAGCCACUAUUAACAUGGACGGCACAGCUCUGUACGAGGCUCUGGCUGCCAUCUUCAUCGCACAGGUCAAUAACAUGGAGAUGAACUUUGGAGAGAUCCUAACCAUCAGCAUCACAGCAACAGCAGCCAGUAUUGGUGCAGCUGGAAUCCCUCAGGCUGGCCUGGUUACCAUGGUGAUAGUGCUGACCUCUGUGGGACUGCCCACUGAUGACAUCAGUCUAAUUAUCGCGGUUGACUGGUUCCUAGAUCGGCUGCGCACCACCACUAAUGUUUUGGGCGACUCCAUCGGUGCUGGCAUAGUGGAGCACCUGUCCCGUCACGAGCUGCGCUCUAUCGAUGCCGAGAUCGGAAACUCCGUCGUGGAGGAGAACGAGACCAAGAAAUCAUAUCAGCUCAUCUCUCAGGAGAGCGAGUCUGAGAACGCCAAGAUCCCUGACAGCGAGACCAAAAUGUAACCGCUUGUUUCCUGAGGAGUUUUAUCCACAGAGAACUGGAGUUUUUUUUGUACAAACACUAGUAACUUAGUCAGACUCUAGUCUGAUAUUCAUCUCAAGUCUUUUUAUAUGCUUGUCAGAGACAUCCAAAUGUGUUGAGGACCAUUGCACAAGCAGAGAUGGACAUGUGUGGUCCACAACGGUCCUCUUCCAACUGUUUUAUUGUAGAGUAAACUGAUUAGAUUGGUAAAAAUCUGAUUUCAUUAGACAUAUUUUUAAUAGUUUUCUAGAUGCAGGUUUGUAA